UCCAACCUCAAAAUUAUUGGAUAUAUUUCGAUUGGAUUUUCCAAUUAUUAGACAAGUGUAAAAAUUUAUAUAACAAAUAUCAAUAAAAAUGGCACAACUCGUUGGAAAAGUCAUCUCUCUUGCUAAAACUGGUGCAGUUGUUGCAAAACCAAAAUUGCAAAUAUUGGCAAAAUAUGCCAAGGUUGAAUUGGUACCACCAACAGUUGCUGAUAUUCCAGCAAUUCGUUCUGGUUUAUCAAAACUAGUACACUCAGCUAAAACAGGUGCUUACAGAAAUUUAACAGUUCGUGAAGCAUGGGUCAAUACUCUUGUUGCUGUUGAAAUUUAUUGCUGGUUCUUUAUUGGUGAAUGUAUUGGCAAAAGAUCCCUUGUUGGUUACGACGUUUAAAUCAUCAUCAAUCAUCUCAGUUUUGAUAUUAUUGUUGGAGAAAAAUAAAUUAUAAAUUAAUUAAAAAAAUAGAACAUAAUCUAGAUGUGUAUCGAUUCAACAUUCUUCAAAAUAAUAAAAUGAAUAAAUAAACAACA